CGCGUGCGUCACGAGCUCGCUCGCUGGUUCUCCCUCGCGGCCGCGUCCACGAAUAUCCUGGACUCCUCCAGCGCAAGAAACCGCCAUGCCCAAAACUUCCUCCAUGACCGCCAUGCCCCGCCCUACAUAAGCCGGUUCGCGUCCCCUCUCUCCCUUCACCAACAGAGCAGGCAAGCAAGCAAAGCCAGUUGAUUGAUUGAAGCAAAGUCACAGAGCGUGCGUGCGUGCAAGAAAGCGCUGCUGCAGGAAGCCAGGAAUCACCCCCGUCUCCAAUCGAGUAUGGACAAGGUGCUGGCCUUCUCCAUCCUGAGCGCGUCGCCGGCCGACGUCGCCCCCGGCGCCGGCUCCGGCGCUCGGUUCUCCUGGCAGCGGCAGGGGAGGAAGCUGCAGGACGACGACGGCCAGGCCAGAGCAGGGCAAGACGGGAAGCAGGGCGGUCUGCCGGCGGAGGCGGAGCAGCAGCCGGACAAGGGGAAGUCGCAGUCGCCGCCGACGUUGCAGCCGCGGUUCGCGCCGGAGUUCGAUGGGAUCGACUGCUUCGGGACCAUCGUGUGCCACUGAGCACUGAAUGACGGGCUGCUCGUGGUCUGGCCGCGCGCGUGUGAGACUUAUUUCUUCGUUCGAUCACACCGUACUAUGGGCGUGUUCAUUUGCUGUUAACUUGGGCUUCUAGCUGAAGCCGCGUGUUGUACAGAAUACAGUGCUGGAAAGAAACCAAUUUCAGGCGAUCAAAGCCA